AUGUCCUCGUCGAAGAAGAGCAGAAUUGUGAAGUUGAAGUCCUCGGACGACAAAACAUUCGAGGUGGAAGAGGCGGUGGCGGUGCAGUUUGAAACCAUCAAGAGCAUGAUCGAUUACGCGUGCGCUAAUGACUGCACCAUUCCGUUGCCGAAUGUGAACGCCAAGACCCUAGCCAUGGUCGUAGAGUGGUGCAAGAAGCACGCCGACAAGCACGGUCAAUUAAUGGAAGUUGACGUUGAUGAGGCGCCGGUGGCCGUUCUCUACGAUCUUCUCGUGGCUGCAACCUAUCUCCGUGUCGAGGGUUUGAUCCACCGAGUAUCCCAGAGGAUAUCGGAGAUGAUGAUCGAUAUUGGAAAGCAACCGGAGGAGGAGGAGGAUUUACGCAAAAUAAUCAACAUCAAAAGUGAUUUUCCUCCGCAAGUAGAGGAAGAACUCCGCAAGCUAAGAAGAAUGCUUGGGCCUUUGAGUGAUGUCCUAGUCUUUUUUGUUUCCUCUGGGUUAUUGCAAUGA